AUGGAGCCAGCAGCCCGGAACGAGCAGCUGCUUGACCGGCGAUCACAGCUCACAGAGGGACUUUCUAGCCUACCCUAUGACUUGAUACUCUACCUCAACCGUGCCGCUAUCCACUCGGAUCUAGGAUAUCCGGACCUUGCAGCCGGCGAUGCAUACCGUGCACUCUUACUAGCCGAUGAGGUUCUCAAUGAGGGCUUCGAAUACCAUGGCCAGGCCCUCGAGUCUUUGCAGAUGCACACAGCAGUCCCCUUACCUGAUGUUCUGGCACAUGGGAACCUCCCCCAGGAUGAGCUACAGAGCCCCGAAACUGACCUGGAAGUCGAAGACGAGGCAGUCAAACGACUGGCCAUAUUGGCCCAAGUUCGUGCAUAUCAGAUCCUUUCUUUAGGCCUGUUGCUCUGUGGAUCACUACAGAGUGCUGCCAGUUUCUGUCAGCGCGGUCUCCAGCUCUCACCAUCCAAUCAAGAACUACUCGACACCAGGAACAACAUUGUCACUGUCGCCCGCAGAAGGCUUCGUCGUGAUGAUAUCGAUAUUGAUUACCCCAAUCUCCCUGAUCAAGGCCUCGUCCGUCGCGAGGUCUACCCCUGGAAUGACCACGAACCUGAUCGUUUCGCCCCGGAAUCGCUGGCUGAGCUAAACGAGCGUUUGAGCUCCACGGCACCAAAGUGCGUCGUCGAGGUUGCGACCUUGCCUGUCCUGUUAGAAGGAGCGAGCAGCACCGAUGACUAUGAAAUUAUUCCAACAUGCAAGCAGCUUGGAGUCUUCGCCAAGGAGGACAUCGCCCCCGGCGAGGUUGUGCUGAAGGAAUACUCACUUCUCACGGCGAACAAUCGCCUAAAGGACUCUAUUUGUGACGCGUGCAGUUCUGAUCUGCCACCACUAGGCAGCGAGAACGAGCCCAUCAGUUGCCCUGAAUGCUACGACACGGUAUUCUGCACUCAGUAUUGCUUUGAUCAAGCCAUGGGGAGAUAUCAUCCAGCGGUUUGUGAGAAGGACGUCGACGCAAUCGCUAAAGAUCCUGAUGCAUUUGAAGCGGACCAAACACUUUACCUUUUGCUCCUUUCUCGUGUCCUAGCUAUUGCUGCUCACGAGGAGGUUAAUCCUCUUGAUGUUCGAGAGGUCAAGUAUAUAUGGGGUGAUUUUGUUCCGACUCGAACCAACGACAUCAACGUCUCACCAAAUGCCGGCCCGCCUCCUGAGUGGACACUGCCCUUUUCUUUCAAAUACAACAUCGAAACACCGCUCCAUGUUUUGGAAAAGAUGGAUAUAGAUAUAUACUCUUCGCUCGCUGAGAGUGAUCUAUGGGUUCUCAACACGCUAUACGCCAAAUUCAGGGGCACUGCAUCGGCCCGUAAAAGCCUUCGGGAUGGUCGCCCUGAUGUCGCCGCAGUGCACCCGUAUUGGUGUCUCGCGAACCAUGAUUGCGACCCCAACGUCACAUGGGAAUGGGGUGGCCGCAUGGUUCUUGAAGCCAGAAAGGAGCGUGUUGUGGGUGGUCGUCCGGGAGGUAUCAAGAAGGGUGAGGAGAUUCUCAACCACUAUUGCGACGUCAAUUUACCCGUGCAGCAACGCCGGGAAUGGGCAAGGGGUAGUCUAGGCGGUUGGUGUAUGUGCAAACGGUGCCGCGAUGAGGCUGCCAUGGGAGAAGCAAAUCAUGUUUGA